AUUACCACUCCCGGCGAUGACAUUCUUUUGGACAGUGGAACCAAUUUCUUCUACGUCUCACCAGAUUACUACGAUGAUAUCACUAAGGAUGUCAAGGAACAAGCUGACAAGAUUGCUGGGAGACCAGUGGAUAUAGAAUACGACGCAGGAGCUAAUCUGUGGAGAUUCUCAUGUGUUUAUAUGAACGCCUUGCCACCCCUGUCUCUAGGAUUGGGCCCUCAAGGAACUGUACCCUUGAAGCUGACCUACCUGAACUACGCCUUGGAUGAUAAUGGUUCCUGUUUCCUGCUUAUCAAGAAAGGGGAAGAAGAUGAAGCCUGGAUGCUUCCUGCUAAAGCUGUCAUCGGAAAUUACUACGAGUUUCAGCCUGAUCAGAGACGACUGGGAACCGCUCCAGCAAUCGCCUGA